AUGGAGCCCUCUGCCUCUGGUGUUUUCUGCAGCCAGGUUCUCAUCAUGGUGAACUCAGAAGAUGUAAAUGCUAUCAUCCUGGCUCAAAAGAACAUGCUUGACCAAUUUGAGAAGACCAAUGAGAUGCUGUUGAACUUCAACAACCUGUCCUGUGUGCGAAUGCAGCAGAUGAACAAGCACUUCCUCCACCACACCCGGACCCUGGUGGAGAUGAAGAAAGACCUGGACAGCAUCUUCUGGAGAAUCAGGACAUUGGAAGAGAAGCUAGCAAAACAGUAUCCAGAGGCCUUUAGCAAUAUUCAUGAAUCUCCCAUUCUGGAAGACGACGACUUCGACCCCCUCCCCAAAAGUACUGCCAUGACCAUUGCUACCUUGGAGCAGAGCACUGAAUCCUGCGAUACCAGCCCCGACAUCAUCUCCCCCACCACAAGCCACGACUUCAAGGACCUUUCCCGAGGCCCGUAUGACUCUCCAGCUGUGAACGGGCAGAGUAUCACAGAUGACGACAAUGAGAUGGACUAG